AUGGUGAAUAGAGGUUAUGAUAGUGAUGAGUGAGCUUUGAGAAUUGUUCCUUUUUGAUUGAAGAGUGAUGUAUGUUUAUAUAGUUUGGAAGCCGUAAUCGAGUCGGGUAGCUCGGGUAGAAUGGUUAAGGCAGAGCAAUUGCACUUGGGGUUGGUUACGGGAUGCGAUUAAGUUUGUGAAUCAGAAGGAAAAUAGAUUGGUUAUGUUGAUUUGGACUAAAACAGGUUUUAGUUGCCUAGUUAUUCGCAGCUUUGGAUUUUUCUGCUAUGCAUAUGCUGCUGUUGGGCAUUGCCUUGCUUGAAUAUUUGAAAUCGAUUUCUGGAACUGCUGUUGGAUUAUUGAUGCAAGAUUAUGGAUGUUGGCUUUCGAUGAAGUUAGUUUUAGUUGAGUUAUCAGUUAAAUUUGGUUGAUAUAUUUUUACUUCUGUUAGCAGGUUUGGAUAUGUUAUGACUUUCAUGUGCUGUGGAGCUUUUGGAGGUGUCCUGUUAAUAGAGAAAAGGUUAGAGUGAAAUUGCUAAGUUGUUGGUUAGACUCACUUGUUAGAAUUUGAAAACAAUUACAGUUUGGAUGUGAUUAAAGGAAAAAGUUAGAAAUUAUUUGCAAGCUUGGUCUGGACUUAGCAAUUAUUUGGAAGUUAUGUGUUAGUUAACAGUUAGCAAAUCAAGAGAAAGUUAGUGGAGAGUUUUAACAGUAUUAAAUCCUAAGUAUUAAUAUAAUACAUAUGUCUAAUCAGGAUGAUGUUCCCCCGCGAUAUGCUGAUACUGGUGCUCGUCAAUCAAGAGCUCGAAUGGAAUAUGAUUAUGGGGGCAGUGCUUCACAGUAUGGUGAUGCUUAUGGUGAUAGAGUUGGAAGAUCAAAUCUUGGAUAUGGCAGUGGCAGCCGAAGUUCUAUUUCUGGUCAAGAAUCACACGGGAUGUAUAGCAGUCGGCAGGGAACAGGUUAUGGUGGAGGAUCUUAUGGUGGCAGUGAUGUUGGAGGCAUGUACUCGUCAAGUUAUGGUGGUGAUUACGUUUCUCGUGGAAGUGAUGUUGGCGGCAGCUCAUAUUCGUCAAUGUAUUCUGACAGAGGUGCCGGCGGCGGUAGCAGUUACAUGGGCAGCGGUGGAUCUGGAUCUUAUUAUUGAGGGCUGGCGAAGGUUGGACAUUAUGGUCACCAGUGAAUUUGUCUAUUAACAGAUCUAUUAUAAUAAAGUGGCUGCCAUAGGAUGACGGCCUUUGAAGCUUAUGGAUGUUAUGAAGCCUACAAUUUGGAGACAAAGGAACAUUGCUAUUUAUAGCAAUAUAUUUGGGAAUUUGUCGCAAAAAAGAGCGUCAUGUCAAUCCAAGCUAUCUUGGGUCUUCUCUGGAUGGGAUGUAAUAUAUCAGUUCUUGAUUUUGUGCUGUAUGGAGUCAAGUUAAUGAGAGACGGAAAAAGAAAUAUUUAGCAGUGAUGUGUAAUCAAACCUUGAUUUAUGAUACCAUUUAUGGGCAGAUAAUGUUAAAGAUUUGUCA